AUGUCCUCCGACUUGUCCGCCAAACUCGCCAGCGCCCUCCCCAUCAUCAGCAUCGCACCGUGGCUGGACGGGUCCGACACCAAGGGCCGCCUCUCCACCUCUGCGGCGCUUCACGCAGCUUGCCUCGAAUAUGGGUUCUUCUACCUCGACAUAUCCGCCUUCGCUGACCCCUCAGAACCUGAAGAGCUUGCGAGGCUCGCGCACGAGUUCUUUGAUCUCCCCCAGGAAGAGAAGGAUAAGCUAUCCUUGAGCAAUCAGGACCAUGCCCGAGGGUACGCUCGCCUCAAGGAGAACGUGACGAACGGCAAGGCCGAUAAUCACGAAGGCCUCGACUUCUACCGCCCCGUGGAAGAGCCCGACAAGACCAAGCCGUUAUGGGGCGAGAACCAAUGGCCGACAGUGCCGACAUUUCGUGAAAAGUACGAGGCUUGGGUGGACAAGAUGAAGAGGCUCGGCCUGAUCGUCAUGGAGGCCAUGUCCGUCGGCCUCGGGAUGACACAGGAAGAGUGGGCCGCCCUCCGCGCCCAAGUCGACGACAGCUUCUGGGUGAUGCGCGUCAUCGGCUACCCGCCUCUGCCGAGCGAUCACGACGGAUACUCCUGCGGGGCGCACAGAGAUUACGGAUGCCUCACCUUCCUGUGGGCCGACCCGACCCGCGACGCCCUGCAAGUGUUCCUCCCCCAGUCCUUCGUCGCCAUCGAGAACCCGGGGCGCACGCCGCGGGAGGAAGGGCUCGAGCAGGGCGUCUGGAUCUCCGCAGACCCGAUCCCCGGCUGCGUCGUCUGCAACAUCGGCGAGAUGUGGGAGAUCUGGACCAAAGGGCUGUACAAGAGCACCCUGCACCGCGUUGUCCACCGCGGCUCGAAUUAUCGCAUCCCGUUCUUCUUCGAGCCCAACUUCAACGCCUACGUGGCCCCGCUCGCCGCCGCCGACCGCAUCCAAGACAGCCACGACGCGCGGCACUUCCCGGGCGCCGAAGACCCGCCCCCGAAGAAGACGUACGCGCCGACCGUCUACGGCGACUUCCUCAUGCGCAAGGUCAGCAGUAACUUCGCCGCAGGAGGCGGCAAGUACGGUACAUGA